AUGGCUUCACGAGUAUCUAGCGUGUCUAGUAUAUCCAGCGUAUCUCCCAUUGAAAGACGGACUGCGGACUCUGAAGGCUUAUUACAUACUUGCGCGAACACUGUCUCUACAAGCGAGCCUGAACAGCCGAGGGUCGAUCCGAGAGCAGCGACCGAUCGAGGCAACACAACGGGGUCCACAGAGCCACUGCUCCAGCAGAAGGAUUCUUGUCAACAUGAUAAUACAACCGCAGAUUCAGAGACGAAAGACCUCGUCGAAACCCAUGGGAUGCAACACGGCAGAAGAUCGUGGUACCAUGAUUGGUGGUUCUGGGAAAUUGCUGGUGCCCUCCUGAGUCUAGGAUCCACGGUCGGGAUUGUUGCUAUGCUUGCCGUUUAUAACCAUCAGCCAGUGCCAGUCUUACGUUACGGCAUUACUUUGAAUGCUAUGCUGUCUGUGUUGUCAACAAUAGCCAAGACGUCUAUGCUGCUAGCAGCAACUGAAUCCAUCGGUCAAGCGAAGUGGCUUCUAUUUCGAAAGGAACGUCAGAACCUAAUAGAUUUUAACACCAUCGACGAAGCGAGCCGAGGGCCUUGGGGAGCUUUCCAGCUCCUCUAUCGUUUUUGGGAUGGGAGGACGGUAUUGGCGUCAGCAGGAGCCUUCAUCGUCCUUGCCUCCUUGGCUGUAGACCCCUUCGCUCAGCAAAUCCUAAGCUACCCUUCAGUCUCCAAUGUUACAAACGGCUACAGGCACCCGAUUUUUCCGCAGGUUUCAUCUUGGAACUUAUCGGGAGAUGUGUCUAACGAGUCUGGGAAUAGGGAUUCAACAUCCGCUUUGCCGCUAGCCCUAAAAGCGGCGAUUUACAACAGCCUUCUCGGUUUGGGGACUGCAAACUCGACUCUCAACAUCAAUUGCCCGACUGGGAACUGCACGUUUGACCGAUCCGAUACCCUUGGUUUUUGCAGUACUUGUAGCGAUGUUACAGCGGAGGUCGUCAAGGAAUGUAACCUCACACCCACCACCGACACCACUAGCGAAAUCAACUGCACCUACUAUCUUCCUGGCGAGGUGAAUAUUACGGCUCAGGACAAACAAAUACCUGAUGAUUACGGAUCUGCAGUUGCAGAAUCUUCCCUGUUCAGGAUGACUACUAACAUGAGCGUCGUAGCAUUGCCCCGGUAUGAAACUCUUUACAGCAACGAUCCUAGCGUAGUUAGGAGUCUUGAUGACCCAGACUAUUUAAUUCCCGCGCCCGCAAAAACGGUGUUCCAAGGCGUCGCUGAUCCAAUACUAGCAUUUGGUCGCAUCGUUUUCAACGGCAGCCACAAUCCGAUAAGCGCUAUAGGUGGCAAUGUCAUGCCUCCUGCAACAGAGUGUGCGCUGUAUUGGUGCGUUCAGACUUUGGACACUUCCAUUCAAAACGGUGUUCUCAACCAGACUGUUGUUUCGAGCUGGACGGAUAGCUCCGCUUUGGAUACGUCUAAUGUUUCUCUCCGAUCCAACUUUACCUCGACUGCAGGAGGAAAAGGCUCGGCCAAUGGCUACUACGUCAGUCCCAUGGGCAAUUUACCACUCGUGAGAUUUCUCGAAGACGCAUUCACCGCCACUGUGAAAGGUAUCAACCUGCCCGGCAUGGGGUACACCGAACAGGAGCUCCUCGACCUCACCAUCUACUCCUCGGAUAUUGCGCAAGCACUAUGGCACGCCGACGACCUAGACAUCCUCAUGAGUAACCUAGCCAAUCGCAUGACCGACGCUCUUCGAAAUAUUCUCCCAGACCCUGCCUCUGAAAACCGCGGCAAAGUCUAUACCACUCGGACAUACGUUCUGGUGACCUGGCCUUGGCUGAUAUUGCCCGUCGGACUUGUACUCGCUUCAUGUAUGGUGCUUCUUGCCGCUAUCAUCUCUAGCAGCAGACAUCAGACUAUCGUGUGGAAGUCGAGCAGUCUUGCGGUUCUAUUCCAUGGCCUUACGAGCGGUGAUGGAGGACGCGGACACUCAAUGUACAGAAAACAGAUGGAGAUGACGGCGGAAGAGAUGAAGGUCCAGCUGGCUGGAAAUACCAAUGGUGACCUGCGUCUUGUGGAGUUGAAGUGGCAGUCUACUAAGGCUUUGAGCUCACAUAAGGAUUGGUGGAGAAAGUGGUUGGAUACUGGGAAGUAA